GGGGGAGAGCACAGCUAGCGAGGUCCCACCUGGGGUUCCUGCUGGAGCGGCCCAUAAAUAGCUGACUAGGCUGAGUUUCUGGCCCACAGUUGCGCUGUUGCAGGGCAGGCCGUGCGCAGAGCAGAGCAGAGCAGAGCAGAGCAGAGCAGUCUCCGACAUGAAGGCAACGUUCGUCAGCUUUUUGGUCGUGGCCCUCGGCUGUCUGGUCCAGGCCCAGGCCGAAGCCCCGGUGCAGUCUGACUUCCAGCAAGAUCAGUUCACAGGGAGAUGGUUCAGCAUUGGCUUGGCCUCCAACUCCCGCUGGUUCCAGGAGAAGAAGCAGGUGAUGAAGAUGUGCACCACGGUGGUCGCGCCCACUGAAGAUGGCAGCCUGGAAGUCAGCUCCACCUAUCCCAAGCUGGACCAGUGUGAGACGAGAAAAACCCUUUUCAUCCAGACGGAGCAGCCCGGCCACUUCAGCUACACCAGCCCACGCUCAGGGAGCACCCACGAUGUCCGUGUGGUUGAAACCAACUACAGUGAGUACGCAUUGCUGCUCACUAAGAUGUCCAAGGUUGGGGAGACAUUCACCAUGGUGACGCUGUAUGGUAGAAGCAAGCAGCUCCGGGCCGCUCUGCUGGAGAAGUUCACCCAGGUGGCCUUGGCAGAGGGACUCACCCAGGACAAUAUUCUAAUCCUGCCUAGGACGGAUCUGUGCAUGGCAGAGUCCGUGUAGGUACCAGACUGAAAAUCCGGGUUUCAUGUCGAGGGAGGGAAGAAGGACGCUCCAGCUCCCAGCCUGCAUUCCUGGACUCCGAAGUAGCAGCCUUUCCCCGUUGAGCCCCGUUAAGCACCUUCCGCUCCUGAUCGCGCGUAACGACCUCCUUUGAUUUAAAAAUAAAAAAGUGUAGGACACAAUU